AUGGACUUGCUUUCCAGGACCUACCUCUUGGCAGCCUUAUUAACCUGUAUCGUGUUUCAGUCCGGUGCCCAGGAGAAGAAUUAUACGGUGCGGGAGGAGUUGCCAGAAAAUGUCCUAAUUGGCAAUUUGCUUAAGGACCUCAACUUGACUCUGGACCCUGAUGUGCCCCUUUCGUCACCCCUGCAGUUCAAGCUUGUGUAUAAGACUGGGGAUGUUCCGCUGGUGCACGUGGAGGAGAAUACUGGAGAAAUAUUCACCACUGCCAACCGCAUUGACCGGGAGAAGCUCUGCUCUGGCAUUUUUAGUGAGAACCGCUGUUUCUAUGAGGUGGAAGUUGCUGUCCUGCCCGAUGAAGUUUUCCGACUGGUCAAGAUCAGGUUCCUGAUUGAGGAUAUAAAUGACAAUGCCCCUCUUUUUCCAUCAACAGUCAUCAAUAUCUCUAUCCCUGAGAACACAGCCAUCAAUUCCCGGUAUUCUGUCCCAUCUGCUCUUGAUCCUGACAUUGGAGUCAACGGCAUCCAGCACUAUGAACUCCUUAAGGUGAAUGUUGGUCCUUGUAUCUCCCCAUAA